AUGGUGCAGGCUUGCCGGCUCAGCGACGCUUCCCUGCUCCCCAUCUUGGAGGAAGAUCCAAGGCUGAAUCGAAAGACUCCACCAAAUCGGUCACUGUCGACGAGCUCCUGCAACCCAUGGGCCGACUCGGCGCCCACGUUGACGACGUCGAUGGAGAAGAGCGAACUCGACACGAGGUUGAUGACGCCGCCGUACACCGCCUCCUUGACGUCCACCUCCAUCCCCGCGCGUCCGCAGAGGUACGCCACCAGGUCCCGCACCUUGCGCUCCCGGACGGCGCGCGUCGCCGCGAGGCUGCGCGGCGAGAAGACGUGCGAGGCGACGAAGCCGCGCAGGGUCCGCCAGAGCGGGUCCGAGCUCGGGACCAGAUCAUGGACCGGUUGCAGAAGUCAAGGGCGCGUUUGCCGUCCGGGACGACGCGCGCCGGUCGUGAGCCGUGAAGGCCUCCCUGGCGGCGUCCCGGGAGGAGAUGACCACGGCCGGGACGAGGCCCAGGUCGAGGCGCAUGACGGGGGCGCCGUGCGCGUGGGCCAGGCGCGCGAGCGUGUACUGGUGGAGGUUGCCCUCACGCAGGUCCAAGAGGUUGCCGAUGAGCGGGAGAGGCCUGGGCCCCGGCGGGCGCCGCAGUCCGGAGCGCGAGCCCCAGCGGCGGUGUUGGUUGGUCAUCAGGUAGUAGAGGAGGAGCGAGACGGCGGCGAGCGUCGCCCAUAG